GGCUGAGCCACAAUGGCUAUGCCGCUGCGGGGCCAGCGGGCCGCAACGCUCCUACAUUUCCUCUGCUUCCUCUGGGCGGUUUUCGCCGUCAGCCAGAACGUGGGGUUUCCCAGGUCGGUCCGCAAGGAUCCGGACGUCACCUACGGGGGCAACUGGAAACACCUGACCUUCCUCAACCAGGUUCUACAGGCAAUCCUGUAUCUGUUGUGUGUUAUAUCUGAUACUGUAGCUCUGUGCAUGCCUUCAUUAGAGAAAAGAAUAUCAUCAAUGGUGGUGCCUCUCAGAGAUUUCAUCUUCUCUGCAUUUGUGUUUCCUAUUGGCUUAUUUGUACCUGCUGCUUUCUGGAGCCUUUACGCAUAUGACAGAGAACUAGUGUAUCCUUUACAGCUGGAUGACGUCAAUCCAAGUUGGCUUAAUCAUACUAUGCAUACCACCGUCCUCCCACUGCUUUUCAUAGAACUGUUCAUUUGUGAUCAUAAGUAUCCUCGUAGAUGGAGAGGAAUUUUGGGACUUUGCAUCUUUGCAAUUGUAUACCUCUCAUGGAUAAUGUGGGUAAACCAUGCAAGUGGGAUUUGGGCAUAUCCAGUUUUAGGAGUACUCAAUCCAUAUGGACGGGCAAUAUUUAUCUCCAUAUCUUUUCUUAUAAUGGUGAUCUUCUACUUCGUUGGGGAGCAACUAACAAAACGCUUGUGGGCAAAACGUAAAAGGAAAUGCACAUAGAGAAGAACCUGGGAAAAGUAUAAGGUCAUUAAAAGUGCAAGCUCACUUAUGGAACAGAGUGAAACUUUAAUCAAGAUGAAAGCAUUCGUAACAACCUCUUCUUAAAGAUUAAGAAUAUUGAAAGUGGCCUUUUUUCAGACACGUAAUAUAUAGUGCCAUCAAAAUAGAAAGUGGGGAAAUGUAUCAAAUCAGAUUAACAGUGCUUUAAACAACAUUACUAAUUUUUGUAUAGGAAAAUAGGUAUAUUUAAGUGAAUUACAUACAUAUUUAAUACAUGCAUUAUACCUGGUACCUUUAAUACAUUUAAUACAUGCAUUAUACCUGGUACCUGUUCCCUUUUGUGUUUGUCCCUAUCUUGCAAUUGAUUGAUUUUGAUAAGCCAGUUAAGUACAGACAGAGCAUAUGCAGAGAUAGUUGCACAUGCCCCUUGUUUUAUUUUAUUUUAUUUAUUUAUUUAUUUAUUAUAAAUACCCACCGAAGAAGUAUACACAGUCAGGCAAUUGUAAAUGUUAUUGUGCAAUUUUCUGGUUAUUUGCAACUCUAGGAGAUCAAAAGAAAUAUAUAGAAGCUCUUGGUGCACCCUUAAUAGCAUACUGGAAGAGAAAUGAAAGCAAGAGUGCACCAGAAAUAGUUAGGAGAAUAAGGGUGGGAGGAGAGAAAGUAGUGGGCAUAGAAAGGGAAGUAGCAGAAAGUGGCAAUUGAUCCGGUCACCUCAAAACACUGAAACAAAUCAUCUGUGACAUCUACCGUAGUGCACUAGUGUGGAGUCUGAUUUCCCACUAUUGCAUUAUCCCCAUAGUGGGUAAAUCCAAUUUUACAGGGGGAAAGCAUUGAGAUUUGUGUUGUUCGACUGUGGACUGUGCAAAUUAAGGUAAAGGUAAAGGGCCCCCUGACCAUCAGGUCCAGUCGUGUCCGACUCUGGGGUUGCGGCGCUCAUCUCGCUCUAUAGGCUGAGGGAGCCGGCGUUUGUCUGCAGACAGCUUCCGGGUUAUGUUGCCAGCAUGACAAAGCUGCGCACGGAAACACUGUUUACCUUACCCUAUUUAUCUACUUGCACUUUGACGUGCUUUCGAACUGCUAGGUGGGCAGGAGCUGAGACCGAGCAACGGGAGCUCACCCAUUGCAGGGAUUCGAACCGCCGACCUUCUGAUCAGCAAGCCCUAGACUGUGGUUUCACCCACAGCGCCAAAUUAAAUUGGAACGCAAAUAGCUGCAAACACACAGUAGACUCCAAUGUGGACAAGCCCUUGGUUAAAAGGUUAAAAUAAAUAUGGCUCUAUACUGUGCUUAGUAGGGUUAAUGAAGGUGAGUGGUCUUUAUAUGUGUUGCAUUUUAAUACAUUUUGACAUGUUUUGUUCCUUUCCCUGAGCCUGUGAGCAAGACCCAAAUACAAAUUCACAUAAAUAAUCUUGGUGAAUGUGAACUACGAUCCUAAAUGUUCCUAAAAUAUAAUCCUAAACAUUCCCAUAAAUGUGUCAGUCUUAAUCAAUCACGAAUCUGUAUAGGACUAAGGAUGCAAUUUACCUCUCUUUAAAUAAUUAUAAUAUCUACAAGCGGCUGUCAGGGUUGUGGCAUGUAACAAGAUCCAGUUGAAUAAAUCAAGUCUUUUCUUUUUGAUGAAGGCUAGGCAACCUUUCCCUUAGAACUAAUCCAGAAUGAGACUUCUGAAUAUUUAUUUUCAACAAAUAUCCCUUUCAUCUCAGGUCUUGUGAACUAAAACUUUGGAUGUGAAUAUGCUGAGUCACGUAGGAGGAUAGGUCUGUCAGUGGCUGCUAGGCAUUGUGGCUAUGCUCUUCAUGGUUUGAAGUAGUGUUCUUAAUACCCCGUUUCCCCUAUUUUAAGACAUAGUUAUAAAAUAAGCCAUAGCAGGAUUUUGGUAGCAGCUGCUGAAAACCACAGGAGGGAGAGUGCUUUUGGAUUUGGGUCCUGUUUGUGGGUUUUCCACAGGCAUCGGGCUCGCCACUGUGAGAACAGGAUACUAGACUAGAUGCACCAUUGGCCUGAUCCAGCAGGCUUUUCUUACUUUCUUUGCAUGACUUAAAUCUUUGGACAUUGUUUUUAAAUGUUUUCAAGCAUAUUGUCCAGAAUGUACAAAGCAGGUGGAACAAACUAAUUAGAGACCUACUUGCAGUGGUGGAUUUAACUUGUUAAUUCAGGGCAGUGUACAGGCAUAGCCAGCAUUCUCCUCUAUGUUUGAUGAUGCACCAUUUCCAGGCCUUUCAGAUUAUAUUUCUCAUUGUAAAAUCUUACUGUGUUUUCCCCAGUGGUAAUAAAAAUCUUCUAGCCAAAUGUAGCCUAUAAAUCACUAAGAGCAUGUAGUAGGCUGAAUACUCUUAGAACUUCUAUUUUGUGGUAACAUAUCUGAAAUGUUUCAGAACUCCUGCUGAACCUGCUGCUUCCUGAGAUUUGGACUAAAAAGCCCAAAGAACUGUUAGUUCCAUCUAAUUAAAUAGGACAUCACAUCAAACUAAGCUUUGGUUAAUACAUAUUA